AUGAGUGCUUCACCUCCUCCGACUCCGCCCUCACGACCUGGACUUGACAAAGAGCGCAGAUUCAAGGCCAUAAACUCGCCAUGCGAGUGGAUUGAGGAUUAUCGCCCCGGUGGAUACCAUCCAGUCUUACUCGGCGACCUCUUCAACGACGGCCAGUACAAAGUCAUUCGCAAGCUCGGUGAAGGCUCUUAUUCGACCUCAAGUGAAGUGCGCAUCCUACGGCACCUUGCUGGUGCGGCACCCGCAGAGGGGCAUCGCUAUGUUACCCAACUGCUUGAUGAGUUUGAACACUGCGGUCCCAACGGAACACAUAAAUGCUUGGUUUUUGAGCCGAUGGGCCCGAGUGUGAAUUCCAUGGUUGAGGAGCUACCUCAGUUCAAGCCUCGUCGACGGGAAAUGAAGGUCCGGUACCCAAUACACAUGGCAAAGGGCAUUCUCAAGCAGUCCUUGCAAGCUUUGGCGUUUCUUCAUUCAAAGGGUGUCGCGCAUGGCGAUUUUCAACCCGGAAAUAUGCUCUUCGCUUUGCAAGAUCUCAAGUCAGUGGCAGAAGCUGAACUUCGGCAGAAGGAGGACGAACAAACUGCAUCAACUUCGCCCCCAGUGCAAAGGCUGGAUGGCAAACAGGACAAAUGGGCACCGCGAUAUCUCUGCAUCGCGCAGCCAUUACCAGCGUUUACCUGUUAUGAGGGUGAUUUUCAGAUCAAGCUGGCUGACAUGGGUGGCGCCUUCUUUUUUGAAAGCCCGCCGUCAAAACCACUAGUUCCGCUCGGACUACGCUCGCCCGAACUAAUCCUGACCGGAGACGUGGACCAAUCCAUCGAUAUUUGGAGUUUUGGCUGCCUCGUGUUUGAGCUUGUCACUGGGCAGCCUCUCUUCUGCAUACCACGGUCCAAAUUCGAAGAUGACGACCAUCUCCUCUCCUUGGCCACCCGGAUUGGUGCUCUUCCUGAUGGACUCUUCCAAUGCUGGAAAACAUCGUCCCGAUACCUCACGCCCGAUGGGAGAGUUUUCAACUCCCAGCUCGGAGGCGUCCCAGACGGCGGGGAGCCACUGGUGCUGCACGAGCCUACCAUGGAAGAAGUGUUUGGCGAGGCGGAACCUGAUAUUGACGAGGAGCAAGGCCGCCAAGUGAAGAAACUCAUCAGGCGCAUUCUUCAGUAUGAUCCUGCAAAGCGCCCUUCGGCGGCCGAACUGUUACUUGAUCCAUGGUUCCACGAUAUAGACGGCGAUGUGAACUCAUCCAAUGUAGCUGUUGUUUAG